AUGAGUGUCGAAACCAGCUCAAGCGAUAGACCGCCAAUCAGCAAUCCACGUCUGACGAGACCAUCGCCAUACAAGCCGCAGCGCGUCUGCGUGUUCAAUGUACCUGACCUUAGCGAGUUUCCAAAGUUACGAGAAUGGGGAAUAUACUUGGCGGGGAUGUUAUUUGCAUCUGGCUGGUGGUUUUUCUUUGACGCUGCCAUCAUCUCCAAGCACACGAAGCCAGACAACCCAUUGGAGGAUGUACCCGUAAGGAUCGGAUUUGUGGACUACGUACCAGCCAUUCUGUCUACUCUGGGGAUGAUUAUUGUCAGCUUGAUCAACAAGGCGCAGAUCUCUCGAGAGAACGACGAGCCAGACGCAUGGAGAGCACGCUGCUGGCUCUUUGUGGGAUUCGCAUUGCUAGCGGGUGGAUUAGCGGGUAGUGUAAGUCUCCUGAUCCUCAAAUACGUAGUGCCGGAAUACCCGAGCCAUUUCGUUGCGUAUGGCAUCGCUGCAGUUGUACAAAACGUCGCUAUCAUGCUCUCGACGAUACUCACCUGGGUAAUUGUCCCGGGAACUUACGAAUACAACCUGACCGUUUGA